GUUAGUUUUGAAUUAACAAGAAGUGAUGUUUUACAUGUUUACGAUGAUGACAAUACACUUUGUGCUGUUCGUCUUUGGUUUCUGUGUUUUGAUAGCUAUUGCUCACGCAAACAGAUAUACACAGAACAUUGAUGGCAAAACAAAAAUUAUGCAUGAAUGGGUGACACUUGAGUAUGAUUUUCCUUCGCCAAUGAAAAGAUCGUUAAUAGACCGGAAGUUGCUCAUUCCUGAAAACCUCGUGCUUUAUAAUAUGGAUGGGAUAAGAGGACGCAUCUUUACAACCAUAGGUAGGACAUCUAAGCCUGGAAUUCCAGCAACUCUGAACACAGUUGUCAAAAGAAACGGAAAAUCUUUUUUAAAACCAUUUCCUUUCUUGAAACUGAAUAGAGCUGGAGAUUGCAAUAGCAUUCAAAGUGCCCAAAGCGUUAAGAUAGAUCCAAAUACGAAUUAUAUAUGGGUACUCGACGAAGGAAAAGUGAAUAAUAUAAGAUUUUGUCGUAGAAAACUUGUUGGUUAUUGCAUUAGAACGAGAAAAGAAGUGUUUCGGCAUAUAUUUCCAGACUCGGUUUUAUCUGAAUCAUCAAUGCUGUUUGGUCUGACUUUGGAUAGAGAUCAAGGUAUAACUAGGUAUGUCUAUGUUGUCGAUUCUUUUGCAAAUAAGCUUAUUGUUGUUGAUGUGGUUAAAAAUGCAUCUUGGUUGUUUUCACAUCCGUCAAUGGUAAACGAAGCUAAUGCAGGUAAUAUAACUGUAAAUGGAGAAACGAUCUUCAGUAGGGGAGGUAUAAAUGGUAUUUCAACCACAUCAGAUUUCAAAUUUGUUUACUAUUUCUGUGUUGCCAGUUUCAAAACGUGGCAAAUACCUACAAGUAUACUAAGAAACCCUUCCGCUGACAGUAACGAAUUUGAUGAAAAUGUUAGAAUGAUCGGUAUUCGUCAACACCAUGCUGUUAGUUUGACUUCCGGAACAAGAAGCUUCUUUUUUCCUGCUCUAGAAAUCAAUGAUAUGAUAAAAUGGGAUCGCAAACAAGACAUUCUCAUAGACGGGAGUGAGGAAGUAGUUAACCUGCGGUCAUUACAGAGACUGUCACAAACUACUGCCUUGAAUUUCGCAGAUGGAAUCCACGUAGAUAACGGAUAUCUAUAUUUUGUUACAAAUAAACUCCACAAAGUUCGUUUAGGCAAUUUGGAUUUUACUGGCGAUGAUGGGCCUAAUUUUACCAUAGGAAAAAUAUUUGUUGGAGAAGAAAGCUACUUGCUAGGUACACAUCCCAAAUCAUAUAAGAAUAAAGUAACUUAG